AUGCGCGUACACGUAUUGCUCGGAAACGCGUUCUGUUUUCGGUACCUCAAACGGACGUUCGGCGUUCUGGUCGCGCUGUGCGCGCUGCUCGUGCUGCUCGUGAUAUUCGCGUACAACACCCGGUUCGCCGGCCACGGACCCGGCCCGGUGCCGCGCGGUUCGCCGCCGAAAAGUCAAAUAUCCUGUUACUUUGAAAACCGCCGCCGUAACUCUUUACGCGAACUAGACCCGGCCGAAGUGACCGAAAACAGCAUUUUCUUUAUCGAAACGUCGUGCGCCCACGACGACGGGAUCCGUUUGAACUUGAGACAAGCCUGCGCUGUCGAGUCUGCGGCGAGUUUGAACCCGAAUUCGAAAAUAUUUGUAUUGUUCGUGUCCGGCGGUUUCGCCAACAACGAUUCGGCAAUCAUUACCGCGUUAAACGCCUACGGAAAUAUUCAUUUGAGACACGUCGAUUUCACGAAAUAUUCCUACGGUACGCCAGCGCACGGUUUCGUUACGUCGGACGCGAUUUUCACGAGCGAUUGGCCCGUUCCUCACUCCAGUGACCUGUUGAGAUUUCUGACGUUAUGGAAAUUCGGCGGGACCUAUUUGGAUCUAGAUAUGGUUUUGAUGAAGUGAGUACAUCGCCGUACACGAUUUAAAAAGCAAAACAAACAAAUUAACUAUCCGUUGUUUAGGUCAUUGGAGGGUAUUAAAAAUUUCGCGUGCGCUCAAUCGAGCUCGUUUAUUGCGUCUUCUGUAUUGAACUUUGGCACUGAUGACGUUGGAAAAAUGAUUGCGAAUAUUACAGUACACGAUUUUGUCGAGAACUACCGUGGUUACGAAUGGGCGUACAAUGGCCCCGGUGUUAUUACCAGAGCACUUCAAAAAGUUUGCAACACAGACUCGGUAAAUAUGUAUAAUGAUAAAAAGACUGUAACAAGUACGGGAAAACUUCUCUGUAGUGAAAACCGGAGGGGAACGUAACAACAAGCUACACUUAUCACAUGUAAACGAUAAUCUCUGUUACUAUACAUUGCAUGUGUGUUAUCAUAAUUGUUCCGAUCGAAAAAGUUAAAAAAUUAUAAUUGUUAAUUGUCCAUAGUUAUUAUGGAUUCGAAAACGAACGAAAACUGAAUGCAUUUGAAUGCUCGCCUCUAAUGGCUAACCCGCGGAAUUUUACAGGCGCGUAGUUCCUCUUCUAUAUGUUUUCUUCUUGCUUUGAAUAGUUUUCAUUGAACUUAUAUUAUCGUUCGUUGGUGCUAUCAUACUCAUUGAGUAAAAAUAAAAUUAAAACUAUUUAUUUGAACUACAUAGUACAAUGUAAAACACGAUUGACCAAGCGAAAACGAUUUCGAUCUGUACUAGCACUCGGUAUGUAACGCACUAACAUCAUAAUUUAUGUCAAACUUGAUAUAUAUGAAUAAUAUUUUAUUAUUCGUUUAGUAUACACACUAAAAUGUAUAGUAAUUAAUACACGUUUUUUCCCCCUCGUCAAAUGUUACCGUCUCGGGGUUUCCUCGUCAAUAUUUUUUAUUGCCUACGCGAUUUCAGAGUACCUAUUUUCGUUAUUAUUAAUCGUAUUACAUUUUGAUUUCGAUAGCGCAUUGGUUUUACUGCGAUUCGUGUUAUUACUUUAUUUCAUUUUCGUGGCCGUAAACAAAUUUUCUACCAAAUUUAAACGGAAAUCUACUUGAAGUUAAAUACCCGACUUGAUGUAAACUACCUUCCCAACUUUCCGCCAACAACAACAACAGUAGCACACCCGUUAGCAGUAUCAGCUCUUUUUUAUUAUUAUUAUUAUUAUUAUUGUUAUCAUCAUUAUUAUUAAAACCAUCAAGUUUUCGUAUAACUUGUUGGCGUCGUCAUUACUUAUCCGUGUAUGUUUUAAUAUUUAGAUAGACAUAAUGGAUAAGGUAAUGUGUAAAGGAUUCACGGUGUAUAAACCAGAAGCGUUUUGUCCGAUAAGUUGGAACGAAUGGUUCCUGUAUUUCGAUGAAAACGAGAGUGAAAAUACAAUGGCCAAACUGAAAGGCAGUAUGGGAAUUCACACGUGGAAUUAUCUUAGUAAAUAUACAGACGUUAUAGUCGGAUCGAAACAGCCGUAUGGUUUGGUAGCCGUAGAUUAUUGUUCGAAUAUUUUCGCAUUAGCAGAGUCCGUGUUCUAA